CGUUCCUCAUAGCGAGAUUCUGCAGCUCGUUAGUAAGUUCAACCGAGUAAGCGCAGUAGUUUAGCUGACCAGUUAGGGGUUAGAAAAAUAAACAGAAAACGACCAUUGAGAUCAGUACUUCCACACAGCCUGCCGAUAUUCUAAAAUAGAAUUCGUUUGUGUUUCACUAAGCUUUAUUUUAAGGGGCGUGUCCUCUGAAUGUAUUAUUUUGAUUGUGAACCUGACGUCAGCGGACAGCUGUGCGUACUGGCGCUUUCAGUGCAGGAUGUGCAAGGACAGCAGUCGCUACACUGACCAGGCUGCUGUGGGGGUUUUGUUUCGUCCGCUGGAGAGGGAGGCAGGCACUGGGCUGUGUACCUUUAAGAGAGGGCGGAGAGAGUUAGAGCCCCGGGCUGUGUGUUGAGCGCAGCACUGAGCCUGUUUAGGUAUCUCUUCGUUUUCUCUCUUCUGUUUUCUUCGUGCAGAUUUUACUGUGUUAUGUAUUAUUCAUGAGUGACGCUUGGAGGCGGGGUUUGUACAAAGUAUCAAUAAUAACAGCAGUGUCGAGGAGGCGGGCACGCUGACACUGAAGAUCCAUGUGUCCUCCAGCGUCAGUCUGAAACAUGAUAGAGAUGUCAUUUGACAAAGAAACCGUUUUAUCUUGUGAGGGGCAAACAGACCCCACUUCCCAACAGCAUUCAGAACUUACUAGAAAUGAUACCAGCGCUCCCCAUCCGUCCGGGAACACCACAGUUAUAAACCUCAGCGAAGAGGCAGGAAGUGAGACAUCACUGGAACACAGAGAGAAAACCACUACCCCAGAUAACAAUACUCGGAGUGAAAGUGGGGUUGAAUUGUCUACAGAAACUCAAAAUGGCACCCAGCAGCCCAAACCUCAACUGCAGAAAGUCAAUAAGCGCCGCAGCACGAUGAGCGCUGGAUUCAAACACCCUGGUUAUGGUAAACGACGACGGCGUGCCAACUCUGAGAGCGAAUCCGUCCUGCCAACCAAUUUCCUGCUGGGCGGGAACAUUUUUGACCCACUCAACCUUAACAGCCUUUUGGAUGAAGAGGUGAACCGGGCUCUCAACGCAGAGACGCCCAAAUCCUCGCCAUUGCCAGCCAAAAACAGAGACCCUGUAGAGAUCCUGAUACCAAGAGAUAUCACAGACCCCCUGAAUCUCAACUGCCCCAGUGCAGGGGACAGCAGUCUGUUGGUGUCUCCCCUGAAAAGUGGAGGAGGCAGGCGAAGACAUCGGAACAAGCACCAUGGAGCGAGCGCUGGAAGAGUUUCAGGUGAAGGAACAGUCGCACAGAUGGAUUUACCAGAGUCUAAUGGCUGUGCAGCAGGACAAGAUGAGGGAACAACAACAGUCUCCUUGGCAAACACACUUGUUCCUGAGGACCAACCCCUAUUGGACUCUCUUGAGGCUCAGUGUUCAAAUAAGGCUAAUUUAGCCACAAACGGCAGUGAGGUGAAGGAGAAAACCAUUGAUAUGUCAACCGCACCUUCAUCCACAAACCCCACCAACCCUCCAUCAAGCAGGCAGCGAAAACGCAGGCGUGCCGGAAACAGAUUAGAGAAUGCAGACAGUUCUAAUAGCAUGAGAAAUUGGGGUCAGAGAUCUGGGAGGCAUUUUCAGCCCUCUCACACCCCAGGAACGGGCUCUCGUAGCGGAGCUGCUGAGAGGCCUCAACAGCAUCCAAACCAUUGGAGGUCGCAGAGCAACAGCAACCAGCUUCCACAACAGACUAAAAAGAAGUUUCAGUAUGGCAACUAUAACAAAUACUAUGGUUAUAGGAACCCAGGGCUGAGCGAGGAUCCUCGGAUCCGCGUUAUGGAUCCCGAGUGGUUCAGAGGGAAGGAGGUAUUAGAUCUGGGUUGCAACACCGGCCACCUGACUCUAUCAAUCGCCAAAAAUUGGCGACCGGCACGGAUUGUGGGCUUGGAUAUCGACACGGCGCUGAUACAUGCUGCCUGGCAGAAUAUACGCCACUACCUUUCUGAGGUUCACACGCAGCAGGCCCGGCGUUCUGGGGAAAAUGGGGAGGGGAAUCGAGGGGAAGGGAAGGAGAUGAUUGAGGGGGAUUUAGUGGAAGAAAAGAGUCGGAGGAAAGAGAAAGACGAGAGUUUUGUUGUGAAUGAGGAGAGGGAUGAGAAAAAAACAAAGCAUGUGGACGAAGCGAAUGAAUGCAUGGUCGAAAAAGGAAUGGAAGUUGGUCGAGAAGAAAGGGAGAAUAAAACCACUGAGGCUGAUCAGGGAGAAAGGAGUAGGAAAAUGGAAGAUGAACCAUCAGCAGGUCUCCCUGAUGGGAAGCGUUCAUUCCCUGUCUCGCUCCGGAUCUCAAGAGGACCCAUAGCUGGCCCCCCUUUGCCUGAGAUGAUCACAAACAGUCUCCCUCCUGGAUAUUUCCCUGCCAACGUGACCUUUGUCAAGGGGAACUAUGUGCUGGAAAGUGAUAUGUUGCUGCGGACACAAAGGGAAGAGUACGAUGUGAUCCUGUGUUUGAGUGUGACAAAAUGGGUCCAUUUGAACUGGGGUGAUGCAGGACUCAAACGGCUCUUCCAGAGAGUAUACAGGCACCUGCGGCCAGGAGGACUCUUCAUUUUGGAGCCCCAGCCCUGGAACUCCCCCCCCCCCCCCCUUUGUUGUAAUUGUAUCUAUUCUGCCAAAUGGUCAGACAAAACAUUUGAUGAGACCAUCUUUAAGAAUUACCACAGCAUCCGGUUAAAACCGGACCAUUUCUCCUCUUACCUGACUACUGAAGUGGGCUUCUCCAGUUAUGAGCUCAUCGGAACGUCACAGAAUUAUUCUAGAGGUUUUCAGAGACCAAUCUACCUUUUUCACAAAGGACCCUCACCUCAAAAGUGAUGCCACCAGUUUAACCACCAACUUUGAGAAGAAAACUGGAUUGGAUUUUGGAUUGGACGGGAUUGGAUUUUGAAAACAACCAGCAUUUGAAGCCACUGGAACUUUAAGCAUUUUUCUUUGAUGGUAGACUUUCCAUAUUUUGAACUCUUAAAUGAAAUCUCAUUGGUGCUGAAUAAGAGAAAUUGUUCCCCUGCCAUUAAAAAUAAAGGAAAACCCAUCGCAAUUUUUUUUUCCCAAGGACUCUACUGAAGAAUUACAGAUGCAAAUCAGUUUUCCCUACUGAAGCAAGAUGUUUUUACCCUUCAUAAACAAUGGUCUUGUGAACAAGCACAAUGUUGAAUCCAAUCAAGUCAUAUAAAAGUAAUUUCUAAGCUCCUGUUCAACGCAAUUUGUUUUUCAUUUGCAAUGAAAUUCCUAAAAUGAAAAUUCCUGAGCGACUCUGGCUUCCUUUCUAGCACACAAAACUGGUAAACGACUAUCUAGAAUUGAAAUGUUUGGUGGUUGGGUAUGCGAACAUUUUUCUUUUCUCAAAAGGAAAGAUUAGAGCAUGUUCCCAGAUGUUCAGUUUUCAGAUUUUUGCUGUUUUACUGUUGUAUACUAAUUUUUUUUUUCUUUACCCUUUGAACAAAGCAUUGCUAUUAACGGUUCUAGCAUCUGUCUGCCCAUCAGCCAUUUUGCAGCCUGCAUGGCUGCCACUUAUUAACAAAUACACUCUCAGAAAAAAAGGUACAAAAGCUGUCACGGGGGCAGUACCUUUUCAAAAG